AUGUCCUGGAGCAGCUACAGCUGGUGGGGCCAUGGCUGCUGGGAUUCCUGGGAGCCUUCCUGGUGGAACCGACCGGCUAGCUGGGGCUCCGGUGCUGAGAGCUACGCUUGGUGGCCCGAGGGGGGUCAGCACCCCAAACCUCCGGAGGAGUGGAGCAGUGGCCGUGUGCCACCUGAAGCCACCGAGCCGGAAGCCUCUGAAACAGAACUGACAGGCCCUGGCACGCAACGUUUUUUGGAGGAGCUGAGGGAUUGGCUGGAGGGAAUGCACCCAAGCUUGAUGGUGUACCUGCCUGUCCUCCAAGAAAACUACGACACGUUGGGGCAAAUCGUACGGUUGUAUGUUCUGGAGGACCCGCGAAAAAGCGGCAGCGUGCAGCUGGAUCCGCUGUUCUUUGACGACAAUCAGAUCAGAGAAGAGCACCAGAAAUUCUUCACAGAUUGGUUUGCCAAGAGCCCCUCCAAGGUGCAGCAGCUGAAAGCGGUCCAGGAACCAGCUGAUCGGCCCGAGGUGGUGCCGGAUCCAUGGCUAGAUGGCGGGGAUCCAUGGUCCCGAUCCUCCAAGCCCAAGGAGUUCAGAGAAGCUGAGGCAGUUGAGGCACCCAAGGCAGCCGAGGGUCUGAAGGACAGACAUGGAGGUCUAGUGGCUGGGGAUCUGCUACCUGGGCACCUGGUGGCUGGAGCUACAGUGGCUACAGCUCGUCACCAGGCUGGUCCGCAGGCUGGUCGCCAGGCUGGUCUCAAGGCAGCCCCCGAGUACGGCGAGCGCGUGUCCUUCGCUGUGGCUGUGGGGGAUGUCGGUAUCAGCUACUUGGCCCGUGGCCGCUACACCAAAACCACCAGGGGUGCUUGGUGCUUCUUGGUGCUACCAUUUUUUGAGGUUGCCGCCGGCUGGGACCUCGAACGGCCUACGUGCCGCAUAUGCAGUACCGGCCGCAGUGACCAUAGCCCCGCAACGAGUCACCUCGGCCUACCCUCAGCAGCUCCCUGGCGCCUAUCCCCUGCAGCGUCCGCAGCCUGUGGCGCCGCAUCGUGCGCCGCCGCUGCCGCGGAUGCUGCGGGUGGCCACAGCACCGGUGCAGCUGAUGGAGGAGCCCUCCAUGCAAUCCAAUCGCCUGCCCUGGGUCAUUCAGGCGAUGUGGUUUUGACCUCCGGCACCACACGCGGUGACUUGCUCCGCUAUGCUCCGCUAUGCUCCGCGAUGCUCCGCUAUGCUCCGCUGUCCGGUGACUGGGUCCAGCUGCUGUUUUGCCAUCUGCGGAAGGGUUGGGCCCCGCUGAGCAGCUUCGUGCCGGAGCCGCGAGGCGGAGUUCAUGGAGAUGGCUUGUAUGAUGGCCUCAACCGAGCAAUUUGCAGCCAUCAGAGUGAGAUGCUGCGGGUAACCUUGGACCCAGUCAGCGCGGCGAGCAACGCAGCGAGCCAAGCGGCCCCAUCCAGCUUCCAGUUGAAGGAUGGGUCUCAGGCGUAUGUGUGGCUGCCGCCCAAGGCGGAGGCACCGCUGCCCUUGUUGCUGGUCUUGCACGGCUCCAGGCCAAUGGAUUGGGACUUCUUGAGCCAGUUUGCCGAAAGAUGGCAGAAAGAUGCUGCGGAGUAUGAGAUUGCAGUGGUUAUCCCCGAGUCCAAAGGUCCGACUUGGGACUACCUCUUGACCUGCCAACGCAAGGACAUGGAUUUCAUCGAGUCUGCCAUCAACGAAGUUCGAAGACGCGUUUGGGUAGACGAUAAGCGCAUUUCUGUCAUGGGCAUGUCGGACGGCGCCUCUUUAGCCCUGUCCAUGGCUCUUCGAAACCCAGGGGUUUUCACCACCGCGUUGGUGCAGGCUACUGGUUUCUUCCAUGAUCCGUUGCCAACAUCCUUAAAACCUCGAGUCUACAUGGAGUACGGAGAAGAAGACAAACUCUUCGAAGCAGCCCGCGUGGCCCUGCCAAACCGCGACCGUCUUCGAGGAGAUGGGUGCUUCGUGGAGUUUGUGAUGAUCCCAGGUGCAGGACACAUGGUUCGAGAGGAGUUUUUCAGUGCUGCGCUGGACUUUUGGCUGGCACCGGUCGCCAAAGGAUAG